AUGAAAGUCAGUGGCAAACUAGCAGAAGGAAGUGAUGAAGAUGAUGAGUCUCUUAUUUUGGAUUUUGAAAGUGACUCAGACGUAAUUGACGAUGUGGACAACGAGAGCGUGCUUCUUGGGAGAGACAACGAUGUUAACGAUUCAAGCGAUAGCUCAUGCUAUGAAAGUGGUGACUUAUCGGGCAACUACUUGGGCUUUGACCAGAGGGAAAAAGUCCUCAAUCCCGGCUUUGGGGACAACACAUAUGACGAUGACGGAGUACCGAAAUUGAAUUACAACUGCCUUACAACGGAUCAAAUAUACGAAUUAAUGGUAUCCAGACUGGAACGAAUACAGCCAAUUUUCCAGUUGUCGUAUGGGGAUAUCAUCGUGAUGCUCCAGAAAUACGCCUGGAGCGAAGAACGACUUUUGGAAGAUUGGACCGAAGACCGAGAAAAAGUUCUCGUUGCGUGUGGCUUGGAAAUAACGAAAACUGUCAGUAAAUCUCGUGGGAUCCAAAAUCACUCCGACUUUCUCUGCCACAUAUGCUGCGAAUCCAACAAACAAAAGACAUUUCGCUUGGAGUGUGGCCAUGAAUACUGUGUGGAGUGCUAUGAACAUUACAUCAAGGACAAGCUGCCGGAGGGUAAGAUUAUAACAUGUAUGAGCUGCUCGCUUGCUUUAAAAAAUUCGGACAUCGACGAAAUUUUGGGUGACAAUUCAAGUCAAACGCUUAUGAUUUCGUCGAUUAAAGGCUUUAUUCAGAAACAUAGCAAGCACUACAAAUGGUGUCCGUUUGUUGAUUGCAAUUGUGUUAUCCAGGUUAGCAAUUUAUCUUCACUUUCGGAGUUCCCGCGUUUGCACUUGUCCCCCUACGUGGUCUGCGAAAAUCAACACCGUUUCUGCUUCAAAUGCGGCCUGGAGUCGCACUCCCCAGGGGACUGUCAAGUAGCAGAACAAUGGGUGAAACUAGCGCAGUUGGAAUCUGAAAAUCUCAACUGGGUCUUAAAAAAUACCAAAGAAUGCCCGAAAUGUGGUGUCAAUAUCGAGAAAAACGGUGGUUGCAACCAUAUGACCUGUCAAAGCUGCGAAUAUCAAUUUUGCUGGAUUUGUGAGCAGUGCUGGAAUGGUCAUGGGGGUGGAUUUUAUGAAUGCACUCGUUUCAAGAAAGACGAAAAGCUCGGAACGGCAGAAACGAAGAACUCAUUAAGAAAGUACACAUUUUAUUACAAGCUGUUCAGCGAACAUGAAAACUCUGCCAAACUGGAUUGGAACCUAGGGUUGACCGUGGAGCAAAAGGUCAAAGUUCUGCAAGAAAACAUUGGCAUAUCUUGGAUAGAAACGCAGUUUUUAUCUGAAAGCAUAAGGGCUUUGAUUGAGGGUAGAACGACUUUAAAGUGGUCCUUUCCGGUAGCAUUUUACGCCGAUCCAUCUCACAAUUUGACGAAAAUAUUCGUUGAUAAUCAGGCCUUACUCGUCAGCGCAGUGGAAGAUCUGUCUCAGCUGUUGCAGGUAAAAGAGCCUCAAAAUAUAAUAGACAGGAAGCGCGAGUUUUACAAUAAGGCUAGAUUUGUAGAGACUCGAAGUAAGGCUUUAGCUGGUUGCGGACGGGAUCUUUUAUGCAAAGGGAUAUGCGUGCCUUUUCAGUGA